GAGGCAGCCAAUAGCAGCCAGGGAAGCGCUGAGAAAUAAUUACCUGCCUUGAUUGUUCUAUGGCUAGAUAAAAAAGUACACAUACACUCCAUAUAAUAAUCGGAUGCAUGUAAAAGAGUCGGGGAAGCUUCGACAUGUCGACCACGGGUCCCAUAAGUAAUUAUUAUGUGGACUCCUUGAUCAACCAUGAAAACGAGGAUGUCCUUGCUGCAGCUCGGUUUUCGGCUCCCGGUUCGCACCCAGCCGGCCCUCGUCCGACGUCUCUAGUACCGGAGUGUGCUGACUUUCCUUCCUGCAGCUUCGCACCCAAGGCACCCGUCUUCUCCACCUCCUGGACCCCUGUACACUCCCAGUCAUCAGUGGUUUACCAUCCAUACAGUCACCAACCUCAUUUAGGCACAGACUCGAGGUAUAUGCGGUCAUGGCUGGAGCCGAUAUCAGGCGCCGUGCCUUUCCAUGGCUAUCCGGGGAACAGCAGGCACUAUGGGCUGAAACCCGACGCCUUUCAGGAGCACAGAGCCGCCGAGUGUCUCGGCUCCAGCGGACGGACCUACACGGAUUAUCUGUACUGCUCGUCCACUGACAUGCGAGAGAAGACGCAGCAAAAUAUCCCCUCUCCCGAGUCGGAGAUCCUGACUUCAGGGAAACAUAAAGACGAGAAGCCGGAGCUAGAUCCGAAUAACCCUGUGGCAAAUUGGAUACACGCCCGCUCCACGAGGAAGAAGCGAUGUCCUUACACAAAGUACCAGACUCUCGAACUGGAAAAGGAGUUUUUGUUCAAUAUGUACCUUACUAGAGACCGCCGAUUCGAGGUCGCGAGGGUCCUGAAUCUGACCGAGAGACAGGUCAAAAUCUGGUUUCAGAACCGGCGAAUGAAGAUGAAGAAAAUGAACAAAGAAAAGACCGACAGCAAAGAACAAUAAUGUGGAUUGCAGUCACAAAACAACCAUAGUAACCACUAGUCACAUGGACAGCACAGAUGUACCAAAACAUACUAUGAUCCCUCUCUCUCUCUCCUCCUCUUUGUAUUUAUCACUAUGUUGGAUUUUCUAUUAACCUUAACUUCGAGACUGUAUGAUUUUGAUUGUUAUUUUUCAGUGCACACGUGUGUGUCCACCUAUAUA